CAACAGGUCCCCUCACAGCCCGAGUCCCUCCAGUGUUCAGUCGUGGGUGGUGCACUGCGCGGGACACUUGUGCCAGGCGGGUUAGUGCUGCUGCUGAUCCCUCUCUCUCUCUCUCUCUCUCUCUCUGCUCCUGCCGCCACCCUCGCCAUCCCUGCCGCCGCUGACACAUACACCAGGCUACCAACCACGUCUCCACUGUUUACAUCACCGCCAUCAACCACCACCACCACCACCAACAACAACAACAACAACACCAACGCCCCUAAAAACAACCUGAAGAAGAGGAAGAAGAGGAGGAAGUAAACAACACCAAAUAAAACAAACACCACAUCACACUCACACCAGACGAAAACAAGAGCAUAUAAAAAAAAAAAACAGAGAAAAGAAUAAGAAGGAAUAAGAGAAAAAGAUACUGUUCAAAUCAAGAGGAAGAGGAAGAGAGGCCAGGGGAGUCAAGCGAUGCACAGAAGGGGUCUUGUCAGGAGGUGAAGAAGUCGUGAACGUAAUGGCGGUGCGGGGUGGGGCGGGGCACGGGAAGUCCGGGCCGCUCAUGGCAAAAGGCUGCUUCCUGCUGGUGGUGGUGGUGUUGUUGCUGCUGCUGCUGCUGCUAGAUGGAACACACGCCUUCGCCGCACGCCAGCCCUCUCUUGCACUGGACAACAACAACAACAACAACAACAAGAGUGUCAAAUUCAGGGGCUCCCGCGCGGCCUUCACGUACCCGACAGCCAUCGUCCUCAGCCCUCCCAAUAAGAACCUCGAGACACCCCAGCAGCCCUCGGAGCAUCUUAGCGGCAGCAGGAGCAGCAGCUUCCCAUCACCCGGUGGCGUCAGCAGCUCUCCUUCCACCCAUGGCCAGCUGGACCAACACUCACGAGGCAUGCCCAGCAUGGCCACUCCAGCUGUCACGCCUGGGCCAUUCACGCUCCGCCCGCACACCUGGAGGACGGGGGACCGCGGCUUCCCUUCACAGUCCACUGGCUUUGUUUUCGGGCAGGACAGAGCCCACUUGAGGCCUGCCAGUGCUGACUGGAGCCGCAACAGGAACCCCACGUUGAUGGAGGGCGGCGUAGGAUGGUCAGGGAUGAAGGCGUCCCCCGUGCAGACCAGGUGGCCACGCACCCAGCACACCCCUGGCUCAGGCAGCCCCUUCGCCCGUCACGACACCUUCGGUCACCAGCUCAGGGAAGAUCUGUCACACCGGCAAGACAGACCGAUGGUAUGGGGGCAGGAAAUAUCAGAAGGCGACUCCUCGGUUGGUGAGUGGGACAGGAGAGGCCCAGUUAUUAGUGAAGAGACCCCGCAUCAGACGAAUAUUUGGCCUAUCAACAGAGAAGUGGAAGAAGAAGAAGUGAAUGAUGAAGAUGAACGAAGUAUGUUUGAUUUCAACGCGACCUCCGAGUACCAGCCCGAUGACUACAACGCCUACCAUGAGUACGACCACAGCAACACCUCCUGGAGGCCAUCUGAGCACGACUCACAGGACCGGAGAAUCCUCACCUUCCAGCACGUCAUGAAAAUCCAAAACCUCGCAUCUCAGGCAGAUCUUCACGCGAUGUUGGACCAGAGAGGUAUCACCUUCGACGAACUGCGGGCGUUCCUAAAAACUGGAGCGCGUAAAAAGGACGUUAUUGAGUUUCUAAAAGCACCAACUCCCUCUACAACCAUUGUCACAACCACGCCAAGUCCACCAGUACACUCAUAUCCUCCCAGGCACCAUGAGACGUCAGUGGUCGAGGAAGGUUACCAAGGUGACAUCACCAGGCAUGUAUCCCUCCCUGAGAAAGACGACGACGACACCGACCAAAUAAAUAAGGAACAGUCUAGAAAAGGCAGGAAGAAAGGACGGCAGGGCAAAGGAGGAGGAAGGAAAAACAAGAAGCGUAAGGGAAAGAAGCGCCAGAAAGAGGGCGCGUCUGAUGUAACAAGUUCAUCACCCAGCCCGCCGAUGAACGACACAACACAGACUCCUGAACCAGUCCUCUGGGUUCCUAACACUCCAAGGCUUCCUGGCAUUAUUUCCACUACCGACGCCACCAAAGGCAUCCUCAUGCCUACCACACAUUCACCGACGCCCAACACUAAGACUACGUCACCCUCGUCAGUCAAAACAUCCAUCGUAUCGGUGACCAUGAUGAAGGCAACCUUCGAUCCCGAGCCUCAGACACCAAUCGAAACGACCUUCGUGGAAGCCGUUCCGCCCCCGAGGCGGCAGAAUACACACAUUAUACCAGACCUUAGGGAAGAAGAAAUUCCCAUGGAGAUACCUCGUCCUGCCACACCAUCACCCGAAUUCGAACAAACCAUAAAUGAAAUAGAGAGAGUAAAUUUCGUGCGUGAGAAGCAGCGUGACGACUAUGUGUUCCCUCUACGCGGACUGCUUAUCAUUAGCGGCCUGAUGGGGGCUCUAGCAGUGUUCACAUUGGUGGUGCUGAUCUCCUAUGCAGUGAUCAAGUGUUCCAAGAAACCUGUGGUCAAUAACUACCAGGUGUCGCAGCAACAGAAGCCCGCCGGCACGUGAGCCAGGCACUCUCUAGGUUGGGGGUUGGGCUGCCCUCGCUAGGAAAUUGCUCAUCCUACUGACUCCCGGAGCAAGCACGUCCCCGGGGCACAGGACGCCUAUCAGUAUUAUGCAGGCGAGUGGUAGUGAUGCGUGCACCUCACCACACCCACCUGCAACAUUCCCUACUGGACAAUGAAAGCUAAGUGUUUCACUGUUGACUAUCCCCAAUCCUAACUAGGCUACAGUCCACUGUACAAAGUUUUGCCUGUCACUCACGACACACCAGUAACCACCAAACUCUUAAAACAAACAAGAAAACCAUGAUUACUAAACCCCUUCGUCAAAUUCCAAACAAACACGACCAUGCAAUUAUACAAAUAUAACUAUAAAAAAUGACACUAACACUAGCCACACCAAAACACUGCCUUACCAUUGCUGUCCUGUGCAGGGGAGCCGCGAGGAACACAGGUAUUUAAUUAAGGAAUAUGUCAGAACUCUCCAAUGUCCUCUCGAAUCAGGCGGUUACUGAUACUAGAGUAAUUCGUGUCUAAACGCUAUCACAGUGUAAGAAAAACCUGCAGCACCUCCGCCGGGAUCACCACCAACACAAAGAUAAUUAAAGUCUCUACCACUAACACGGUAAACACAACACUGAACACUGAGCAGAAGCUUUGUUUUGUGUUCGUGAGAUAAUCUUAUGAUUUUCUUACUUUUUUUGUACAGUUCACAUGUAUAUUCUUGAUUUCCUAUGUCUGAUCUUAUUUGUAUAUUUUUUAUGGUCCUGUAGAGUUUUAUCAUUGUCUACUUUGUAUCCGUGAGACUUCACUCUUAUUUUCUUUCUAGUGUUGUUCACUUGUUUCUGAAUUUUCAUUAGUUAGCUUUCUUUGACGUUACCAAUUUGUGAUGUAUACUUCCUUUUUUUCUAAAUUUGUAAUUUUGUACUUAUAUUUCUCACUUUUUUUUUAUAUAUCUCGUCUGUAUUGUCUCGAUUUUCUAUUGUUGGCUUGCUUUAUUCCUUACGUAUAUCUUAUCUCAUGUUUGUGCUAGGUAAAUGUAUAAAUUAUGCGAUACAGUAAACAGCAGAAAAGUUUAAUUUGUAACUUCCUAUACGUGACACCUGCUGGAAUUAAUUUUAUAUUUAUCUUUUAUAGGACAUGUAGUUAUAAUACACCAUAUUUAAGGCUUAUAGUCUUAAUUGUUAUGCUAAUUUAAGUCGCAGUUUCUCCAACUGCAUGUACAUAUUAAUUAAUAAAUGGUUUUGUAGAUA